AUGGAGCCAGAUCCAAUUCAUCUGGGGCAGCACAUUGUGCGUGCCAUCAGCAGUGCUAAUGGCCUGGCGAUCAUGUCCUUGUCCAUCUACAUCGACGCCCUCUUCGAUAUAGAGUUCAAGCUGACCAUCAGCACGGCUAUUCUCAUCGUUUUGUGGAACUCCAUCAUCUUUUAUGGCUACUGGGCGUACGGCCGAGGCCGCAAGGUCGCCCCCUCCAUACUAGCCACCUUGACAUUAGUUCGCCUGUUGUUUGGCGACAUCUUCAUCCUCAUCCUGAGCUCCAUCUCCGCCGGACUCGUGGCCGCUGUGGACCUCAAGAACUUCCAUGCCGGAGCUGGAAACAGCGAUUUCGAGGCCGAUCCGUGGAGGAUGAUCGUCUUUGGUCUACAAAUUGGCAACGUUCUGCUGCUCGCGACCCUUGUGGGAUGGAAUAUCGCCACGUGCGUGCAGCAGUGGAAGGCAUAUAGAGCAGACAGGCUCACUUGGGGAGGGGAUGCCUGA